CGCAUAAGCCACUCAAAGUCUACGGCCAGUCUGCAGCUCCGAUUUUUUUAGUAUUACCCGUUCCUCCUCUGAAGAAGAGCGAACACACACGUAAUUGUUCUCUCUUCCUCCUCUACCCGCACACAUAAAACCACUCAAAGUCUGCGACCAGUCCGCAGCUCCGAUUUUUUUAGGAUUCCCCGUUCCUCCUCUGAAGGAGAGCGAACACACACACGAUCGAUCCUUUUCGGGUUUGCGAUCCGGUUAGGCAGUAAAAUUUUGGAAUCUGGUGUUCGAUUUCUCGAUCGCCGAUAUGAUUUUGGUUCUGGGGUGGUUCUGAUCGGGAGCUUCGGUUCAGAUCUGCGAGAAUUAGGGUUUUAAGGAUCUCUUAAUGCAGAGGCCUGCUCGGCAUCUGGAGCGGUCGGGGACCAUGACGAGGGAGAAGCGUAGGCUGGAUCCGGGCGAGGGGGCCGAACCGCAUCCUGAGUCUAAGCGGCCAAAGGUUCCGGCACUCGCGAGUGUGAUUGUUGAAGCACUCAAGGUGGAUAGUCUGCAAAAACUAUGUUCAUCAUUGGAGCCAAUUCUUCGUAGAGUUGUUAGUGAAGAAGUGGAACGUGCAUUAGCAAAGCUGGGUCCUGCUAGGCUUGGGGGAAGCAUCAUUCAGUCAGACAGUCCACCAAUACAGGAUCAUAGCCUGCUACUUGAGGCCGGUAGCAGUUCCACUAAUGUGAUACAUUUACAGUACACCAAAGUGAAAUCUUCACCCAAGCGUAUAGAAGGGCCUGAUGGAAGAAACCUGCAGCUACAUUUUAGAUCAAGUUUGUCUCUACCACUUUUUACGGGAGCAAGAGUUGAAGGAGAGCAGGGAGCCGCAAUUCAUGUGGUGUUGAUUGACACAAAUACUGGCCUUGUUGUAACAUCAGGGCCUGAGUCAUCAGCAAAACUGGAUGUGGUUGUGCUUGAAGGUGAUUUUAACAAUGAAGAUGAUGAUAACUGGACUGAAGAAGAAUUUGAAAAUUACGUAGUCAAAGAGCGUGAAGGAAAGAGACCACUUUUGACUGGUGACCUCCAGGUUACUUUGAAAGAAGGUGUGGGGACUCUUGGGGAGCUUAUCUUUACAGAUAAUUCUAGCUGGAUACGAAGUAGAAAAUUCAGGCUUGGUCUGAAGAUUGCAUCAGGCUUCUGUGAAGGUAUUCGUAUUCGUGAGGCAAAAACAGAAGCUUUUACUGUUAAGGAUCAUCGAGGGGAAUUAUACAAGAAACACUACCCACCUGCCCUAAAAGAUGAGGUUUGGAGAUUGGAAAAGAUUGGAAAAGAUGGGGCAUUCCACAAAAAAUUAAAUAAGAAUGGAAUCUUGACAGUCGAAGAUUUUCUCCGGCUUGUUGUAAGGGAUCCACAAAGAUUGCGGAAUAUACUUGGAAGUGGCAUGUCAAAUAAGAUGUGGGAUAGCCUCGUGGAGCAUGCUAAGACUUGUCUCUUGAGUGGAAAGUAUUAUAUAUACUAUGAUGAUGAAACAAGGAAUGUCGGUGCAAUCUUCAAUAACAUUUAUGAAUUUAGUGGCCUGAUAGCUGGAGGGCAGUUCUAUUCAGCUGAAUGUCUGGCUGACAGUCAGAAGGUCUUUGCAGAUGCAUUGGUUAAAAAGGCGUAUGAUAAUUGGAUGCACGUUAUAGAAUAUGAUGGCGAGGCCCUUUUGAACUUCAGGCAGAGCAAGAAAACUGCUACGCGAAAUGAACAUCCAUCAGCUUCAAAAAACUGUCCUGCUUCAUAUGAUCAGCAAGCUUGUCAGCAGCAUAUGUCAACUACAGUUCCAGGAGAGCAUCCUGCAGUGGAUAGAGGAGUGGUUGCUGGAGGAAAUGCAGCAUCUGCUGGGUACAAUGAGAACCAAGUGAACAGAUACUCUGCUCAUCCCCAACAUGUGGAUUCAAGUACCCAUAUGCAGUAUGAAAGCAAUUCAUUUGCCCCACAAAGUCAGUUCAAUGGAUCUUCUCAGCAAAUGCAAAUUACAAGAAAUGAUAGCACUGGGCUAGCACUGGGCCCACCUCAACAGGCAACCCUUGGAUUUCAGCCAUUGGGCCAGUCAAUACUGUCAGCAAACCUGAAUACUUAUGAUGACUGGUCUCGUCAACGGGAUGUCCAGGCUGUCGAAGAUUUUAAUCUCUCGGAGGAAGAGAUCCGCAUGAGAAGCCAUGAAAUACUAGAGAAUGAAGAAAUGCAACAAUUGCUUCGUGUUUUCAGCAUGGGUGGGGCAUCCACCAGUGUACCAGAAGAUGGAUAUGGUUUUCCAUCCUACAUUCCUUCUCCUUGUCCGAACUUUAACUUCGAUGAGGAUCGUAAUCGUUCAUCUGGUAGAGCUGUUGUUGGGUGGCUUAAGAUCAAAGCAGCUAUGAGAUGGGGCAUCUUUAUCAGGAAGAGAGCAGCUCAAAGGAGAGCUCAGCUUGUUGAGCUGGAAGAUUAGCAAAUGGAGUCAUGACAUAGUAGUCUUGGUGUCGUGUCAUACCUCUCAGAAUUAGUUAUCAGCAUUAAAUGCCUCAACUGUAUACCAGGGAGUGAUGAUGCAGACCUGGAGCUCUGGUUAUGUGACUCAUCACGGUUAGACUGCUUGUACACGAUUCUUGACUGUACAGUAGAGUAAGGUUGUUGUUUAGCUCUUCUGCUAUCAUGAUGUCCACCCAUAUGCUCUGAAAGAUCUUUAGAAACAGUGCACUAGUUUACUCAAGACUGUUAACUCUCUCUGUGUAAUGCCACUAAUAUAUAUUCACCAUAAGAUUGUUUUAAUUUAAAACCAUGGGAAUGUAACUCUAUAUUGUGUUGAAUAACUACAGCACAAUUUUCAGGGAGUGUACAUGUGCUGCUUAGCCUGAUGGUAUAAAAUCCAGGUGCUUG